AUGGCAGGGAACUCGGGGAACUGCUACCUGGGGAGCAAGAAGAGAACCACUUCGGAGCUGCAUGGGCUGCACCCACACCAUGGCAGAGAUAACAAGGAGGAUCUUCCAAGGGUUUCUCCACCUAAUAAACGAUCCAGAAGUAUUGAUGUUACUGAUUUCAAGGAGACAGAAGAUUCCUUUGGAUACAAUGAAGAGUUUACAGCAGAUGAUUUGGAAGAAAUUGAUAUCAUUGCAUCCCAAGCUUUAACUCAAAGUUUAGACUGUAAGGUCCAAUUGAACACAAACCCUACCUUAAGUUCUACUUCCUUCUCAACUGCUAGAAGCUGCAGUCAAAGUGUGGGACAUUUGGAACUUCCCAGAAAUGACAGCACAGCAAGAUACUCCCUUGGAAUCCCUAAGUUUCCUGAACAAGAUGGAAUGUCCAGAAGUAAAACUCAUUCAGAGAAAAGCAGAGAAAGGAUUCUAACUAAAUAUAUUUCUGAAUUUGAAAGACUUAAGGUACAACAUGAAAAACUAAAGGAAAAGAUGAAAACAAUGCAAGAAGAAAUCCUCAUUAAAAAUGGAGAAAUUAAAAUCUUGCGUGAUUCAUUGCAUCACACAGAGUCCAAUUUAGAAGAGAAGAAACGGUCACAUUUCCUUCUUGAACAGGAAAAAAUUCAGGCCCUCAAUGACAAAGAAAAGGAAUUCUCCAAAAAGCUCCAGUCACUGCAGUCAGAACUUCAGUUUAAAGAUGCCGAGAUGAAUGAAUUGAGGACCAAGCUGCAGAACAGUGGAAAAGCCAGUAAAGCCACCACUACUCUGUCCAUCUCCCAUGUCAGUCCUAGGAAAAGCCCUUCCAGAGUUAUAAAGACAGAGGCUUGUUCUCCACAAAUUGGAAAAUCAUUUUUUCCUACAAAAGAGUCCUUCAGUGCCAGAACAUCCCCUCCCCAUCCCAGCCUAUUGUCAGCGCAGUCCUGUGUCAUGGCACUCUCCUACAGAGAGGAUAAUAAAGCCCACAAUUCAGGAAAUGAAUCUGUAAAACAGGAGGAGACACAGAAAAAUUUUAUUCCCAGUUGUCUUCAGCGACCAAACACUCAAGGUUCUGUUUUGAUAAACUUGCUUCUGAAGCAGCCUUUGACCUCAGGGCCAUCCCUAAGUCUGUGUCAUCUUCUGAGCAGUCAUCCUGAAGUCCCUGCUGGCUUAUUCCAGCCUCCAAGAUUGGGCAGUACUUCAUCAGGAAUGUCAAACAUUGGAACCACAUGUUCUCGAGAAGAGUCAUUCUCUGCCUCGUCCCUGAAAGAAGCACAGAGCCUGGCCACCACAGGACUAAAUCUAAUUGCCAGGGACGAUGGUUCAUUUGAUGAAAGCCUUACGGAGGGGAACAAGAGAGCAUCUCAGGUCACUCAGCUUUGCCAACUUCCAGGGGCUGUGCACCUUCUCCCACUUGUGAGGUACCACAUUGACCUUUAUUGCCAGACUCUGCAGGCUGUGGCCACAGUGAAAAGGAGUAGUUCUGGGGACUCAUCAGCCUGCUCCUCUCGAGUGAGCACCAGCGUGGAAUCUAACACAGAGGAUUCCUUGUUAACUCUGGAAGGGUUCACUAUGGUAGCACUCAGCAUUCUUCAGCACCUGGUGUGUUAUAGUGGGGCUGUUGUUCAAACACUACUGUCAGAAGGGGGGAGAAGAGAUGCUACUGAUGGAGAGGAUCCUGUCUUAGGAGAGAACAAGAAAACUAUGUGCAGAAGGAGUCAUGAGAAGAUAUCAGAAAACCCUAUGGUGGAAGAACAACUGGCUGAAGCCCCAGAGGAGACCUCAGAUAGCCAGGACCAACAUCCAUUGCUGAAGAUGCUCCUCUACUUGUUGUCUUUCUCCUCUACUUCAACAGGUCACCUACAAGUUCGAGUCCUAAACCAGUGCCUUAAGGUUUUGGUGAAAUUAGCUGAAAACUGUGCUUUUGAUUUUUUACCCAGGUUCCAGUGUGUGCUGAAUAGCCAUGGGUUGCUCCAGUGCCUUUCCUCAACAGCCCAUCUGUCAACUGUCCUCCUGACUAUUCAUCUUCUGUCCCUGCUUUGUGACCAUAAGAAGUUAGCUCCUCAGCUCUGCUCUCAGUCAGAAACCUGUCUUCUCCUUUUGCUGUAUAUGUAUAUCACAUCAAGGCCAGAUAAAGCAGUGGUGGAAACACAGUGGUUUCAGCUGGAACAAGAGACUGUGUGGUUCCUGGCCAAGAUGAUGCAGAGUCCUGACUCUCCUAUUGCCCUUAUAGGAUCGGACUGCCAGUGCAGCCUAGAGGUUGUCAAAGCACUUAUAGUGAUGCUCCACAGACAGUGGCUGACUAUUUGGAGAUUGGAAGGCCAUGUACACACAGGGCAGAGGAAGCAGAUGGUCCGGUAUCUCCGGGACACCUUGUUAUUAUUGCACAGUCUGUCUCAGAGAGACACACUCUUCCAUGUGCACUGCAUGGAUGUUCUUCACCAGUAUGACCAGGUGAUUCCUGGUAUCCAGGCCCUCCUUCGAGGCCUCCCUGACAGGACAAACUAUGAAGAGACAGCUCUGGAAGACCUGUGCCGAACAGAACCAGACCUGGAUGACCCUAACGUGGACCCUAGCUAAAUCACAAGGUGGUACUAAUGCCACCAGCUUUUCAACUUUAGACAUGAAUUUUAUAGAGAAGUUUUAAAAUUUAUACCAACUUAUUAAAGACGAAUGAAUGUCAUUGACAAUUCAAAGAAUAUUACCGAUGGUAGUUUUUAAUCACUUGUUUCUGGAUCCUUCCUUACCUAAUUCUGCAUUUGGAAGAACCUCUGAAAAUGGAUUAAUAAAUUGUAAAACCUCAAUGGGCAAAAAAAAAGAAAAAAAAAUGGUCACUCCACAUUAUAUUGGCUCUGCCCCAUAAUAACAAUUUAAAAUCAACACUGGAAAACAGAAAAACUAUAGUCAAUUAACAUUGUUAAUACCCUACCAUAAAAGUUGAAAAACAUGUCCUUCCUUUCUGUUAGUAAUAGAUGAUCCUCCCCCUGACCAUCUCUCCUUCCCACACUCCUACCAGGAAUAUGUUCUAUAAAGGUGCUUGUUUAGGUGUUUAUUGGGAAUCAUAUUUUGUGUCAAAACAAAAACUAUCAAUAUUUUUUGAAAGAUUAAAUUUGGAAGGGUAGUAUUUUUAGACAAAAUCUAUGAUUGAGGAACUUAGGAUUAUUAUUUUUUCUUAAUAGAAACAGAAUAGAAAAAAGAAUAAGAACCCACUUUUGUAUCUUUUGUCUCUUGACAAAAUGUAACUUUAAAGAAUAUCCACUAACAAGGUAUCUCUUGCAUACAUAUAGUCACAUAAGAGAACAUGACAGAUGCAACUAGAAUAAAAAAUAAUUAUAACUGAAGGGACCUCAGUAGACAGUCUAACCCAUGCUCCAAAAGAAUUUUCCUUAUGACAUGUAUGACAUCAGUUAUUUAUCCUCUUGUG